GGAAUUAAUUAAGUUACUAAGAAGAAAUUAUUUCUACUAUGCCAAAGACAAGCAAAGGAUGCUCCUUGGGUGCUCUGCGACUACUGCAGCAUAGAUGAAUUAUUAAUUAAUCACUAAAAGUUUAUAAUACUCUCUGGUUGCAGUGUUGGACAUUCAUUCUUUCUGGUUUUGGAAGUUUCUACAGCGAUUUCAUUUGUUCUCAGCCAAUCGUUUGUUCAUUUGUUUUACACAAAUCUUGAUAUAACUAUGGCCCAAGAUAAUUAUUCCAGCCGAUAUUGGUAUUAUUACUCCACAUAUUAACAACAUAGUUAAAGUUAUCUAUUACCAUGCUUCGAAUAUCAAAUAAGUUGGUAUCAGCAAUAACAAGUGCAAGUUCUGUAUGAAAAUUUGACAUUCGGAGAGCGCGUAAGAACGGAGAAUUUGACAUGUUCCUAAGGUGAAACAAUUUGUUGUACCAUAUAACCGAGUGAAAUAGAGAAAGCUUUGAAUAGGAAUUUCUCAUCACCAGCUUGGGUUCUUUAUAGAUGACCAAGGAGUAGGACAUCGCUGUUAUGUUGAAAGCCCUUACUUUCGCAAACGUAAUGCGCGUUUAUGUACGUUAAUUUGUUUCAUAAGAGGAUUAUUUUACUUGAAUAAGUUUUACGUAUAAAAGAUAACAGAACCAUUAAUGCAAAUUUAUAAAUUAUUAUACUUUUCAUGUUUCAAAUUCAUGUAGAGCACAAUGAAACCUGUUGAAAGAUCAAUUUACAGUAAAUUGAAAGAAACAUUUAAACCAAUUCACUUGGAUGUCUUGAAUGAGUCCCACAUGCACAAUGUUCCUCCAAAUUCUGAAACUCAUUUUAAAGUUAUAGUUGUUUCAGAUGAUUUUGAUAAGGUACCUCUAAUUAAGACCAAGUCUCCUAGUGAAUGGGAAAGCAGCAACCAAGAGGUAACAGAAAGUCCACCAUGCAGAGGUGGCUUCGGAAAGUGAGUGCAAGUGCAAAUAAAAUAAAUAUUAUGGUUUUCAUUCUGGGAAGCUAUUUUUAGUAGAUAAAUUUCUUGUGAGAUAAAUAUCAUACAGAUGUGUCAAGGAGGAAAACUUGUAUAGCGUUUAUUUUCCUUAACAUCUUUUGUUGUUAUUUAUUCAAAGUUAUGUUGGAAUUAAAUGUAUCUUAUAUGAAAGUAUGUGUGACUUUUUUUUCUGUCCUUUUGAUUAUUGGGAUAUAGAAGACGGAAAAAUCCUCUAUUUAUACAUAUCCAUGAAAAAGUAAAGAGAAGAAAAAGUCUAUAAUAAUGAGCAUCAAUUAUUAACAAUAAAGUGAAAGAAAUUGGACCAAUUUAUUACUGUACACAUGUAAAAUUCAAUAAAGGACACAUUGAUCUUAUUGCUUAAGUAAAUUGCUUUAGAGCAAUAUGUUUUACACCUGUC